AUGCAAUCAGGAUUUCGUGAUCAAAUGCUUCCCCUUCUUCCGCAGCUUAAAGGUGAGACGCCUAGAAGCAAUCUUGCAAGGAACGUCUCCCUUUUUGCUGCUGAUUGGUAUCAGUCUUUUGUUCGCUGGUUGGAUGAUGAAUCGUCACCCCUUCCAGGCGAAAUCAAAAACAGUGAAUUGCAAUCGAAGCUUCAAAAUAAAGAAAAUUUAGAAGAACAUAUCGAUUUUGAAGUCUUAGAUAAAAAUAUUGCCGAAACAGUAUUCAAUUUCUUUCAUGGUGGCCCUCAAAUUUUACGUCCAAUGCUUGCUGAUCCAAAGACUCAAAUUGGAACAGUAAUUAUUUACCCAAUCAAACUUUCAUUUAUUUUCGACAAAGAUUCUUUCGUCUCUACCGUCCAUCCAUCUUGGGCACUCGAAGACAUCAAGAAGACGAUCGGCGCUAAGCAUAAGUUUGACCCUUCGACAGCUACAUUUCUUUCAGAUUCUACGAAUGUAGUUAUUCCUGAUGAUACGACAGCUCAGAAGAUUAUCGAGCUCUUUGGCCCUAAGAUCCAAAUUUCUCUACCAGGUUCCCUGAAAAUGAACCCAACUCAACAUGGAAAAACAUCUUCAAUUGGCUCUGUCGGAUCCAUCCCUGCCACAUUGAGAAUGUCCACUAUUGCUGAAGGUAGCAUUUUCAGUGCUUUCCUCCAAUGCUUAUGCAGAAUUCCUGCUUUCAAAGAAGCUGUCAAUCAAAUUACAAUUCCAGCAACGCCAAAUGAAACAAACGAUACUCCUCAGAUUGCUUUUGUUAGGUAUUUCAGAGAAAUUUGCCAAAACCCAACAGCUCAGUUUCCAACAGAAUCUUCUCCUAUUUCUAACGCUUUCAAUACCGCAAUUUACAUGAGAACCGACGAAAUUAAUACAAUCAGGCACUUCGAGUUACCCGGUCUUCUUUCAAUUGUUUUCAGAGAAAUUAAUUGCGGAGUCGAUUUAUUCAAAUUCAAAGAGCAAAGAACUGAGCUCUGCCCUAAGUGCAAAUACUUUAACCAAUUCGAGGUCGAAUUAACAUCAAUGAUGGUCGAAAUUACAACGAAGUUAUUCAGAAAAACUAAAAUCGAAGAUUGCAUUGCCCAAUACUUCUCUCUAAGGAAACGUGCUAAAACAAACAGAUGGGAAUGCCCACAAUGCAAGAAGAAGGUCCUCGUUCGCGAACAAAACAAGAGUUUGUCAACUCCAAAUAUUUUAGUUAUUUACAUUCACAGAUUCGUUAAAGGAUCUUCCCAUGACUUUAAUAUUCUUCCGGAUGAAGUUAUCUACGGCCCGACUCUAAACUUAGAGCCAUUUACUGGCAAUAAAGCAGAUAAGUACAAAUUGAUCGGCUCGAUCGCUCACGUUGGCCGAACUUUCACCCAGAGAUAUAAAGGAUUCAUCCUAGAAGAAGAUGGAAAGAAGUGGACUAUGUAUAACGAUAACAGAUCCAGACCAGCUACAGCUCGAUCUGUCUACUUCGAAGAACCUCUAGCUAUGGUGUAUGUUAGAAAAUAA